CCUCUUAUAUACUUCUUCUGCAGUCUUCGCUUUAGUAUUCAUAUCUAGCAGAACAACUCCACAUUUUCGUCCAGUCCCUGAGUUAAGCCUACUCGAGGAAGAAUGGCCGCUAUUGUUUCAUCUCCACCUCAAUCUAUUACCUCCAGGAGGCUUAAUCCAUCCAUCUCAAACAAUCUAGUCAGUGGCUUCAUUGGUGCUUCAGUACCAUUAAGUUCACCAAUUAAGAGCACAACAUUGAGAACUUCAGGGAAAGUCACUGCAUCAGCAGCCACUAUUGCCACGACACCAGUGGCUCAGGAAGUUAAAGAGUAUGAAUCAUUCUUUUGAUAUGCACUUCCUACAUGGGCAAUGUUUGAGAUGGGAAGAGCACCGGUUUAUUGGAAAACCAUGAAUGGUCUUCCUCCAUCUUCUGGAGAGAUGCUGAAGCUUUUCUACAAUCCGGCAGCUAAGAAACUCACUCCAAGUGAAGAAUUUGGGAUUGCUUUCAAUGGUGGGUUUAACCAACCUAUCAUGUGUGGUGGAGAGCCAAGGGCAAUGCUUGAGAAAGUUAGAGGAAAAGCUGAUGCCCCAUUAUAUUCCAUCCAAAUAUGUGUUCCUAAGCAUGCUGUGAACUUGAUAUUCUCAUUCACAAAUGGAGUUGACUGGGAUGGCCCUUACAGACUGCAAUUCCAAGUUCCAAAGGCUUGGCGAAACAAACAAAUCGAGUUCUUCAACGAGGGUCUAGCACAAGAGUUAAGUCAAGAAGGUGCCUGUGAAAGAGCAAUAUUCCCGGACACUGAGGUUGUUUCCACGAGAUGUGCAAUGAUUGGUAACUUGUCGAUCGAAGGAGGUGAUCGAUGCAAUCUUGAUCUAGUUGAAGGGUGCAUGGAUCCUAGUUCACAUCUUUACAAUCCUCUAGCCAAUGUAGAUGAUGGAACUUGCCCCAUUGAUUUAGAUGCCGAGGAUUAAUAUUAAGAUUAGUUGUUGAGUUCCAAGUGGGUUGUGAGUAUAACCGUUGUUCCACAGUGUAUAUAUAUAUAUACCACUCUUGAUGGAGCUUUAAGAGAAUUGAAGUAUGCAGAGAAAGAACUCAGUAGUCAUAGCUCACAACUUUUUCACUUCCCCGUUUCAUUUCACAACUACAAAACAAGUAGUAUACUGUAUACAGCAUGCAUCUAGGUAAUGCAUUUAGAACAGAGAUUAUUCUUUAGAUAUGUAUCAGCUAAAAGAUACUGCUUUUCCCUUUUCUAUGUUGUAGCUCCGUUACAUUAUUACCAUUGGAAUCUUUCAACACUCCAGCAAACCUAACCAAGUCAGAUUUCCCCAGGUCAUCAUUCUCAGGUAAAAAGUCUCUACUUGUUUCUGGGCCUGAUGAAAACCUCCUGAGCAAAUCGGUGGACCCCAGAUCGCUCGUUGCACGAAGACUCUCCACAUCCUUAGCAUCAUACAACCCAGGAAUGCUCAUUCUUUGACUAUCAGUAGAGUACCGAUAUGAAAUCAAUGGUGUCAGACCUCUAUUGGACUGUGUGUCACUUCCUGCAUCAGUCCCAGUUGACACACUGCUAGGAUAAUCAGAAUCUUCCAUCCUGUGCUCAUCUUUGCUGUGAGCAUCUUUCCCACGUAUUAACCUCCUGAGCUUCUUGAAGAUCUUGAGCUUUCUGGGGCUAUGGUUGCUGAUGCUGGUGGCCUUUGUUGAUACUGAGGAAGUGUCAUCAAAGUGUGUGGAAUCUGUGAUGUAUGAUGCUUGGGAGGAAAUCCAUUGAUCUGUCUCGAAAUCUACCAUUCUCAUUCCUUUCUCCCCCAUUCCUUCAGGAUUCGCAUACUGAAGUAUCAGCUUUUUUGCUUUCUCCUCGGACUCGGGGCUCAGUGAUUUGCUCAGGUCUCGUGCAGCUGUUUUCCCAUUCGGCGCCUGAAAAUUCCGCAGCUCAUACCUCAAGCAGGCAUUGAUCCACCUGAGAUAGACAAGCUCUUCGACGUCUGAGCAUCGAUCGGCUUUGAGUCGCUCCACCUCUUUUUUCAGAUGAAUGUUCUCCUCGCUUAGCCGGUUGCUCAAUUGCCUCAGCUCCUCCAUCUAUAUAGACACAAAAGAUUACCGCUGGAUCUUCAAGAACAGAAUUUGCAAGCACUUGAGUGGCUUCCAAUCGAUGAGCCAAAUCUGAGUUCUCUUGCUUCAGUUUCAUGUUAGACUUCGUCAACUCUUCUG